CGCCGGGUGGAGGUACCGGCUCCCGGCUCGGGCUCCCGGCUCCGGGCUCGGCGGCGCGGCCCCGGCAGGCAGCGAGGCCGGGCGGGCUGCGGCGCCCCGCGCCCCUCCGGCCAGGCCCGCCAUGCAGGGUUCCUCCGGGAACGCGAGCCGCGGACUGCCAGGCGGGCCGCCCUCCACAGUCGCGUCUGGGGCGGGCCGCUGCGAGAGCGGCGCUCUCAUGCACAGUUUCGGCAUCUUCCUGCAGGGGUUGCUCGGCGUUGUGGCCUUCAGCACGUUGAUGCUCAAACGUUUCAGAGAACCAAAGCAUGAAAGGCGUCCGUGGAGGAUAUGGUUUUUAGACACCUCCAAACAAGCCAUAGGAAUGCUAUUCAUCCACUUUGCAAAUGUAUACCUAGCAGAUCUCACUGAAGAGGACCCUUGUUCCCUGUACCUCAUCAACUUUCUCCUGGACGCCACCGUGGGCAUGCUACUCAUCUACGUGGGGGUGCGUGCCGUCAGUGUCCUGGUGGAGUGGCAGCAGUGGGAGUCCCUGCGCUUUGGUGAAUAUGGAGACCCUCUGCAGUGCGGAGCCUGGGUCGGACAGUGUGCUCUUUACAUCGUGAUCAUGAUUUUUGAAAAGUCUGUCGUCUUCAUCGUCCUGCUAAUACUUCAGUGGAAAAAGGUGGCCCUGUUGAAUCCUAUUGAAAACCCAGACUUGAAACUGGCCAUCGUCAUGCUGAUCGUCCCCUUCUUUGUCAACGCUUUGAUGUUUUGGGUAGUGGACAAUUUCCUCAUGAGAAAAGGGAAGACGAAAGCUAAGCUUGAAGAAAGGGGAGCCAAUCAGGACUCAAGGAAUGGAAGCAAGGUCCGCUAUCGGCGGGCUGCAUCCCACGAGGAGUCUGAGUCUGAGAUCCUGAUCUCAGCCGACGACGAGAUGGAGGAGUCUGACGUGGAGGAGGAUCUCCGCAGACUGACCCCCCUCAAGCCUGUGAAGAAAAAGAAGCACCGCUUUGGGCUGCCCGUAUGACACAGUCCCGUGCUGGGGGUGUCCGCCGGCCGCCCAGCGUGGUUCCUCCCUCCUCUCUGCCCCUCCUCUCUACCUCUGCUCCUUGCUGUCUCUGCCCGCUCUGCCCACUCCCAGACUACUGUGAUCUACAAAGAGGGAAGAGGAGCCAGCGCCUACGGGGCCCACGGGUGGCUGGAGGUCUCCCACUCAGUUGCACUACAAACACUGACCAAAUAUGCAAGCCAGGAGUUUUGUUUGUCUGUUGUUGUCCGAGCAAUGUUGUAAGGGACCCCGAGGCCCCUGCCCUGUGUCUGACAGGGUGACAAGGUGGAAGAGAACAGGCACGCACAGACUGUGGGUGGGUCCUUUCACCAAGGCUGCGGGCAGUGUGAACAUGUAACACAUUUUGGGCUAAAAGUCAUUCUUUGACCAGGUCAGAACAGGAAUGCUUUCUUACUCAAAAUAGCUUUUGUAACUAUUGAUUUUUGAAGCCGGUUUUAUGAGCUGUGAUAGUGUUACUGGUUUUUGAGUAUGUGUUUAUUUCUUACAAAGUACCUUUGGGACUAAUGGGCAAAAACAGAGAUUUUUAAGUCUUCCGUAUGCUGUUUGACUUUUAUAUUUUUAAGUUAUAUUUUCAUACUAUUGUAUUUAAAAACUCUUUUUAAUCCCCAAAGAAGUGGGUUUGUUUGCCUUUCAUGGGGUGUGAACUGGUGGGAGGAAAAGUUUGGGAAUUUUUCACUAGAAAUGUUGCUAGAUAAUGUCCUGCCAUAAGAUAAGGCAAAUGGUCUUGGGAGGGAGGGAAGGACAAUCCUUGUCCGGAAUCAUCAAGCCCAGUGGUUCUGUGUCAGUCAGGCCUCAGCACAGGGCAGCUGGUCUGGACACAGAUCUGGGAGCCCUGAUGCAGGUGGAAUUGGAGGGGUUCUUCCCAGGGCCCAUGAGCUACUUGGUAUGUUACAGGUGUUGGUUCAACUAGACCAAAAACAGAGCCCAAGAGAUCUUUGUGUCCUUGCUGUGUCUGCCCACGCUCCUGUGUGUUCCCUGCCUCUGCAGAGCUCCCCAGUUUCUAGCCUCCAGAGCCAGCUCUGGGCCCACUUCCAGGAGCCUCCUUUCACUGUGCUCUGGUGCCUGGCCUGGUGUCUGUCCUGGUGUUGUCUGCUUAUUAUGCACAGCAGUCUGGAAGAUGUCUGCCUGAGGAAGUGAGGGUGUUUUUCACCCCAUCCAGACGUGUGAGAUGGCUGAGUGGUGCACAUGAGAGAGCUCACUCUCCAAACCCACAGGCAGGAUGAAGUACUUCCAGGCUGUGUUCCUUUCUUGGGGGAUGGCCCCCGCUUCUCAGAUGGCCAUAGGACUCGGUGGCUUUGGGAGUUUGCUGAGUGGCAGCGGAAUGGGCUGACCCUGGCAAUUUCCCUGCUGGGGAAAGAGCUGCUCAGUGAUUUGUCAGGCCACAGGCAGCCAUGGAAGUUUAGAAACAAAACUACAUCGCUCAGGUACAAGCUGGAAGGGAGACAUCCCAGCCUUAAGUGAGACAAGUGCAGAGGACACAACCCCAUUCAGAACUUUCUUUUAGACCCACAUAAACACAAGUUUUACAUCCUCUUCUGUUCUAGACUUGAGGCAACCCUUGGGGGAAGCCCUUUGCAGCCCAUCUUCCUCCAGGAGUAUAGAGGGGUGAAAGGAGUGGACACCCUGUGCAGCAGGAGGUGACCCUCCUAGUGUGGCCUUGAGGCUAAGAAGGGGAACAGGCAGGGUGGCACCUGAAAUCAGGGUCAGUUGCGGGUUUGGAAUUGUUCCACAUUGACUCUCUUCACCCCUUCCAGCCCACAGCUAUGCUGGUGAGUUUUUCCCUGCCUGUCAACCCUCUAGUAGGGAAGAGUGGCUGGAGCCAGCAGGCCAUAUGGUCAAAUCUGGGAUGACCAGGACUGAUGUUCCUUAUGAGGCGGGAAGUCCCUUGUGGCCCUCACUAACUCAGUUCUAAUUCUUUCCCUCCUGUGUUUGAACAACCCAUGCCUGCUUCUAUCUUCCUGGAAUACACACUUGGAGCUUCAUUUUCAGUCUUGGGCUCCUAAGGUUUCCAAGCUGAGAGCAGGGGGUAAGAGAGCUAUGAUCUGUGACAAGUGGAAACUCUGGGUUGUGUGGACCUCGGAUAGUCUUCAUCUGAACACUUGUCCCACCUCCUGCUGAGCAGUAGGUUUUAAGAACAAAGACGUAGCUGGUGAAUGAUGGGUUUUCCCUGUAAUCCUGAUUUUCAGAAAGGGCUUUAGUCUCUAAACUAUAGCUGUAUAGCUGGCUACCCAGAGAUGGAGGUCUGACGGGACAUCUGAACAGAGGGGACCUCUUGGCAUGUGGGAUUGGACAGUGUGGUCUCCAUGUUUGCUCUUCCUCUCCUCCUGUGUUCACAUGCACACACAUACAUAUGAGUCUGUAUCCCCAGGACUGCCUCCUGCAGUCACUGGGAGACUCCUCCUGAGCUGCCCUCCUUCCUGGGUACAGGUUCCUCAUCACCUGCUCCAAGGUGCCUUAUGAGGUGCAGCUCUUCACCCAGCCACGUGGCGUGUAUCACAUGUGUGACAAAUGAUGGGACGCUGCCUGGGUACUGCAUGCUAUCUGAUUUGUCCAAAUGUGGACCUUGGCCAAGACACUCAUGAUGAAAAUUUGGAAAGCCAGGGUCAUGAACAAAUUUCUUAUAACCAAUUGAAAUAAGUAGAUGGAGUAGAUCUGUCUUAUCUGAAUGGAAGAAGUGGUUGUUACUGUUAUUUCAUUUCCUAUUGCUGUCGGACGGAUGUUAUUGACAAGGGGGAAGGGAGAAUGUUAGUGAUAUUCCCAGUGGUGGUGGCUUCUUAGUCUGCUCAGCCCAAACACAUGCAAGGUAAGGGUCUGUGGCCCCUCAGCUCCAGGCACACUGAUGGCCUCCUGCCUUGGACUUCAAUUGUACCCUCCCUGGUAACAGGGAGUCACGGGUUAAGGUCACUUGUCAUGGCCCUUUCUUCAGGGAAAAUAUAAAAAGGCUCAAAUCCAAGUUGUAACUUCCUUAAGCAGAGGAAACUUGUAAGCUACAUCCCUGAGUCCACAUCCAAUGGCUGUCCCAGAACCUGGGAGGGAGUGGCGUCCAGCCAGCAGCCUGCUCUGCCUUCCAGAUGGGAGUUCAGGUAGCUUCCCUCCAUCCAGGGGGAGCCACCUUGUAGGGUGUGGGGCUGGUUUUUUGAGACACCCGCAGCUAAGAGUGCAGAGCUCUUGGUUUUAUCCUGUGAAGCACUGGCAGCUCUGAGGGGCUUUUUGGUCUGACUUGCCACGAGCACCUUGAACUCCUGGGUAGGUUGGUUGGUUUGGUUGCUUUCAAUUUGAUUUUCUUUCAUGAAGUUUAUUAGAAGUCAGACCUAUGUGUGCAAAAAUGUGGCCCAAUUCAGUUGCCAUCAGUGGGGGUGUUUAAACAGUAGUGUUACAAUUCAUGGGAACAUGUUUUUGAAAUGAAAGGGAAGAUGAUGUACUUACAUUGUAAAGUGGUUUACAAUAAAGUUUGACAUCUUAUUACA